AUGGACGCAACAGCGACAGUCAACAAGAAUUUCAAAUUCACGGAUUCGGUUUAUGAAGUGAACUUUGAAGAAAAUCAACUUGAAGGUUUCAUUAACCUUGAAUUGAUUAAUGAUGCAGAAUACGAGGCAAAUGAGUAUUUCUACAUUGAGAUCAAAACCGUGGACUCUCCGGCGAGUAUUGGCACCACUAAUCCGAUAGCAACUGUCUUCAUUUCGGAUGAUGGUGAUGCUGGCGAAUUUAAUUUUGCAGCUCCCUAUAUUUUCUGCCGAGAAGACAAUGAAAAUGCAGUCGUGUCCAUUGAGAGAAGCAUCGGAUUUUCAUCAGCGUCCUACGCUCCGGUUGCUCUUAAAGUAGCUACAAUUGGAGCUGAUAGCAAUGCCACAGAUGGUGGCAGCAAAGCCUUCGACUACUUAGGCGUCUCGCAGGAGCUUACGUGGGCGACAGAUGAAGUGACUAAAACUUUUGCCGUAAAGGUAUUCAACAACGACAAGUACCAGCCCGAUUCGAGGGCCAUCAAGGUUCGUUUGCUGUCCGUCACUGGUGGUGCGACCAUCGGAUCGAAGUCAGAUAUGUGGAUCUACAUUAUUGAUGAUCGCGAUGCGGGGACGUUGUCAUUUGCCCUACCUCAUUACGAGGUGUUGGAAAACGUGGGCAAAGUCACCGUUAAAGUAACCCGUUCAGGAAUCCCGGAUGCGACAAACGUGAACACAUACACCGAUGGCGAGGUGAAAGUUGAUAUUGCAACGUAUAGUGGCACAAUUGUACCGGGGAAAUCUAAAUACGAUAUCGACUACGAUUACGGAAUUGUCGAGACUCGUGGCUGUACACAUAUUAGCCCCUGCACCGCAAAAGAAUCAGUUGCGUAUACACCAGUCCAGACAACAACGCUUACAUUCGCUGACAAGGAAGCGUGGAAAACUGUAGACAUAUCGAUCCUUGACAACGAUCUCUUCCAAGCACCUGACCAGGUAUUCAAAGUUGUCCUUGAAAAUGCAGCCGGUGGAGCCCACCUAGGAAUUGAUUAUGAACAUCCUACUGAAUGGACCUGGUGCCAUGACGAAUUAUUGGCCCUCGAGCCGCACACAGAUCAGUUACUUGAUAAUGUUGGAACAAUUGUAACAAUUCAAGACGAUGGUGACCCCGCUGUGAUCGUGUCGAAAGCGAGCUUGUCAGUGUCUGAAAUUGGACAAACGGAUAUUUUUCGAGUCCGACUGAAUUCGCAGCCAAUUUCUGCUGUUACUGUUGGUGUGAGUGCGGCAGCGGCAGAGCUGAAACUAACUCCGAAUUCCCUGUCAUUUUCGUCUACAAACUGGAAAGCGUAUCAGACUGUCCUCGUCGAAGCAGUGCCUGAUGAUGUUGCGGGUGCUAUCCACAGCAGUGUUAUUUCUGUUACUGCCACCAGUACUGACACAUUCUAUAAUGCUCCGUUCAAGACAGUAGCAGGCUCUGUCGGUUAUACUCUUGGUGUUGGCAUAUAUACGCAGAAGUGGGGAACUUAUGACACUGGAAAUGCCGAUCAUGCCUUUUCUUGGAAGGAAAGUGACGGAAUAGUGACAUCUCCAGCGCAGCAUUCAUCGAUUAAGGUAUUUAUACUUGAUGAUGAUCAACCAACACUCAAGAUUGUUCCUGAGGUUAUUCGUCACCAGCAGACAGAUCGCAAGCCGCAAAACGUUGCAUGUGUUCGAGAAAAUGGACACGAUGCAUCCGUUCAAAUUGCGCUGAUGACUCAACCUCUCGCAAACGUAGACAUAUCUUUCGUGAUUGACGCAGAUUCCAAGAUUCAGGUUGAACCUGAAGCGAUUCACUUUACACCGUCUUCAUGGGGAGAAGCCCAGAACGUGAAAGUCUCAGCAGUCACUGGUAUAAGUUCAAACGAAGUACAGUACUCAAAAAUAUUGGUCUAUUCAGCCAGUGGCGAUAUGAUGUAUAACCAAGGUAACCAGCCAGUGAGUACUUUGUUUGUGCAACGGUUUCCUGCUGCUAGAGUGCUGCUGGACUCCUCUCGUAUGACUACUCAAGAAAAUGGCGGGAAUGAUGUGACUUACGAGCUACAGUUAGGUAGUGAGCCCAUGCACUGGGAGCCACAUGAAGGCGAUUAUGAACCAUUCUACGUAACUCUUGGACCUACUUCAGACACAACUCUUGUUUUUUCUACCGACUCGCAAGAACCUUUAGGAGCGUCCGCGUCACUUGUGACUGCAUCAAAUUCGUCGCAGAGCACAAUAGGUAAGACCGUCAAGUCCAUUGCGGUUGUUCGAUUUGAAACUUCUCCAUCAAUUCAAACGGCAACUGGCAGCUCACAAGUUGGACUGGCCACUCUUCGAUUGUUUCGCUUAUCUGGUGGAGAGAACAGCGGACUGGGUGGAAUUAUUGUGGGUGUUACUACUGCUAAAAUGGAGACAUCGGAUGCCUGGAAUGAAACCUUACUUCAAACCGAGUGUGCUGAAAGCAAUUCUAAGACUGUUCCUGAAUGCUCAUUGACUGAAAAUGGAUCUGCAACUGCAUCGCUUUUCCCGGGUACGACUACGUUUGAGGAGGUUAGCUUGCAGACAGAUGGCGAGAUCCUCAUCAAGCAAAGUAGGGAGAUCGAUCCGAGCACCAAUGAGUUUGUACCGUCGUCGGGGUGGAUUGAAGUCGACGUCACUGCUGCUGUGAAUCGUGUUUUGGCUCAGCAGCGAGAUCAGUCCUCCAGUUCCAGUACCAUCUCUUUCUUAGUGUACUCAAGAUCAAUUGCUACUUUUGUUUACGAUGGGGUGGACGAAAUUAGUUUCGCAUCAAAAGAGCACAGUGAUAGUACAUUGCAUCCGCAACUUAAGCUGACUGCAUCCGGGAGCGUAAAUCUUGCCGUAUCGGGAAUAGCAUCCCAGAGUCAGCAAGGAAAUGCUGACGCUGCUAUUGAUGACAGGACUAACUCAGAUUCAGGAAUUGUCUCUACUUACGCAAUGUCACGACUAGUGGACACAUACCCGUGGUGGCAGAUUGACCUGAACAAGAUCCGACGUAUUGAAGACGUCGUAAUCACCAUUAAGAAAAAGGUGCCAGAGGGUGACUUGAAUGCAGAUCAACUCCCAGCAACCAUUUGGGUUUUCCUGUCUAACACUCCAUUCCCCCAAACAAACAAUGAAACGGAGGACUUUCUGUUUGCAACAACCAGUGCGCUAUACUUGCACAAGUUUGACGUUUUAUCACGGACAUUUGAUGCAUCUGAGGCGGAUACGAUCACUUACCGAUGGCGUGUAAAUGGGGAAACGAAUGGACAUUUUGGUGAGGACCGGUUUAUUGCUGACUACAAUGUUUCUACUGAAGCGCAAUAUCUGAGACUGCAGGUCGAAGGGGAGAACAGUAUUAUUCUAAACGAAGUUGAGAUUUAUCAGCAGUCUUUUGCGAGCAGUAGAAUAUCGAUCGGUGGGUAUAUGCCCAGCGUUGCAAAGUCUUGUGCUGGUCAAAAUCAAAUCAACUUCUCGCUUUCUCCUAUGCAAGGCGUAGAUCCUUCUCCAUGUGACGACACGACUCGUAUUUGUCGCCAUGAAUUGUUAUUUACAUCUGGAAAUUGGCGUGAAUCUCAGCAGCUUCAAGUGCGCGCCAUUGACGAUGAGGUUGCGAUUGGUGAUCGUGAAAUUUUGAUGGUCCAUACAGCUGAGUCGCUGGAUCCGGAUUAUGCUGGGGAUUCAUUUUGUGGGAGCUUUCAGGUAAAUUGCAACGGUGAUCUCUUUAACGAUUCGAGUGUCAAGAAGAUCCUCAUACUAGAGGAUGACGAGAACAAAGUCAUUCUUUCGAAAUCGGAGUUCACAGUGAUCGAAGGAAGUAAUGCGUAUCCAAACGCAGCCUCAUUUUAUAAACCGUCGGAGCUUCAGGCUCGGUACGUCCGCUGCAGUAAUGAUCCUGAUACAGUGAUAGAUCUUCAUAACACUUCCAAUGAAGCUUGUACGGUAUCAUUCAGUGGGAUAUCUGGUGCACCAUGGGAGACUUGUAUUGCCAACAGUACUGCACGACCACUCGAAACUGGCAGUUCAUGGAUAAUGUCUGGGUUUGAGUCGCCAACGAACUUGUCCAGCUUGUCUUUGGUGAUCCCGGCAUUGACUGGAACGAAAUAUAUUCGUCAGCUUUCACUAUGGGGGAAUCCUAAAAUCGCAGCCAGUAGUCAUGACAUUCUCAAUAUCACCAAGGAUUGGAUUGAAAUGGCAACUGUACAUGUGCCGAUGAAGUCUGGUGCAUCUCAAAUCAUUACGAUGAAUGAUCUCUCACUCUUCGAUGUGUACAGCAUUUUGAUCGUGUUCGAUAAAUCCUACGAUUCGAUCAAUCGUUGCACUUUUGCACCACAAAUCACAAUGGCCGGAUACAAGCCCGUAACGUUUCCUCUUCUUGUCAGGGGGGAUCUCACCAGUCCAGACAGCGUACCACCAGCGUCAAGCCACUUAUCGCGUAUGCAUCUUUAUGGUGUGCCAGACAGUGUGGCAAUAAGCUUAUCGAGUGAACCUCUGGCUGAUACUUUUGUCUCUGUCCUAAUAGAACCUGGGAGUGUCGUUGUUACAGCAUUUGAUUCGACCAAUGCAUCGAGCUCUUCUAAUUCACUGACAGAUUUAGUUGGUGCGAAGUACGAAUCCAGUGACAUUCGACAAUACCGAAUGCCAACUACAGUUCGAUUCACCCCAGAAAAUUGGAGCACCCCUCAGGAACUCACCUUUUUGGCAGUAGACGACAACACAUAUCGUGGAAACCGAACGCUCACGAUGCAUAUACGCUCGUCGUCAACAGAUAGCGAUGGUAUUGUUGUACCGUCCCAAACAAUUGGCAGUAAUGGAAUUUUGCGCUCCACUGUCCAGCUUUCAGCAUCUCGUUCAUAUUCAAGUGCGGAAUUUGUAGUUCGUGAUCAGCAAGAUGAUAAAUGGCCGUUCCAUAUUGCAGCGAAAUGGACGUCUGCAUCUGGGUCGAUUCAAGUGACCGUAGUGGAUGAUGAUUUGCCUGGUGUUACGAUCUCAGCAAGUGAAAUUAUCGAGUCGGAAAGUAGCCCAAAGGCAAAUUACUCGAUCUCGUUAGACUCGUCCCCACUACAGGAUGUCACCAUCACGAUUUCGUAUGAAAACGACGCGAAUCUGUUCUCCGUUUCACCACUGGAGCUGACUUUCACUCUAUUGAACUGGUACGAACCUCAAUUGAUCAGCAUUUAUCCUGCUGGAAACGACAUUUACGACGCAGCGUAUCCUUUCACCUUGAACUACGAAAAACUUAUUCCAAAACACAAACAGCCUGUUCUUCAUCACAAGGUUACUAGCAGCGAUAUUGUAUACGAUGGGUUGCAAAUUGGCACCAAUGAGAACAACCCUUCGACGGGUUACGUUGUCACUCAGGGCGUUCGGGUCGUCAUUGAAGACGACGACACUGGUUGUGAAAAGGAAUACGAAUGUUUGAACGGUGGUAAGUGUCUGAAAAGCUCAGCGGGGAAUGUGUGCUGGUGUCCGCCAACGUUUGGAAUGAAGAAUUGUUCCCUGGUAUGUGAAAGAAAAAGCGAGUGCGCUUUUGAUCGAAUUUUAUUCAACAUUAAAUGCGUUGAAGACGAAGAAACGGCAGUAUGCGGCUCUGCUUUUUCUGCAAAGGCAUUGACAUCGGUCCUAUAUCGAAUGCUGACGACGAAGAAUUUUACUGGAGUAAAUGGACAAGUCUAUUCUAUGAUCUCACUCGAUACAGUUUCAGAGGUAAUGUACGUCGUCAACAAUUCCAGAACAACGUGCGUUGACGGCUCAGAUAAUUGUAUAUCCGUGUCAGUUGAUUUCAUGAGACCCAGUCUAGACGACACUUCUGUCACGAGCAAAUUAUUUGCAUACCAAGAGGCUGGAUCUUUGAAGACAUCUCCAAUGCAUAUCGAGUUGAUGACCUCUGAUCCACAGUACGUGGAAAGCAUUAGCGCAAUGAUCGCAAUGUGGAUUUUCGUCGGAUUUUGCGGCGCUGCCUUAACAGGUGCUGGUGCUUUAUUCGCUGCUCGGGUGAUUCACGCAAAAGCAAGUCAUGUGAUGCCCGAUAACGUUGAGCAAACAGAACUUUUAGCGAUUGGAGCGACAUCUCCACGUGGAGGCGAAGCAAUUCCUCCCGCGACUAGUACAUAG